UAUAAGAGAGAUUGGUUGGACACCUGUUGGGUUGUAAUGUUAUUAUUCCCCACCGCCACAACCCACUUUACCCAGAAAACUCUCUCUCUCUCUUCUCCUGAAAUUUCCGCUAUCGCUUUAUCGGGUAUUUUGGGUCCGAGAUUUCGAACACAGUUGCUGAGCGUGGUCGAAGAACCACCGCCACCCACACCCAAAGAGCUUGAAAAGGCGGGGAGACUAUGGGCCUCUGAUCUCGCUUCGCGGAAUCGUUGUAUUUGUCUUCGGUGUGCAUGUUUGUUCUUCGUCUAGGGUUAGGGUUUCAAUUACAGGCCCCAAUUUUGCGAUGUACUCUGUUCUGAUGUCAUCUUAGUAUAAAAGAUGUCAACUUUGGGGUUAUCUACUUUGAUUGGUUUGUUCUAGCUUUAUGGUUCCCAUUUGAUUGUAGCUUUGGAUUUUGUUUCCACCCAGUACUGUACUAUCAAGGAUUAUUUCAUUGUUAUAUUUUUUGUUUUUAAUUUCAUUUGUUUCUGAUUUUAUUUUCAUUGGAAAAAAAGGGAAAAAUUAAAAAAAAGAAGAAGAAGAAAUCUUUGAAGUAUUAAAAAUAAUUUGUUCAUCGCAUCCCCAUAUUGUCAAAAAAGAAAAAAGAAAAUUAAAAUUAGAGGCAGUUUAUAUAUAUAAAUGGGGAGCCUUGGAUUGAUGAACCGGAAUAAUGGGCAUCGGUUGGGCAUUACAGAACCGAUUUCGUUGGGUGGACCGACUGAGUACGAUGUGAUCAAGACCCGUGAACUCGAAAAGUAUCUGCGAGACGCGGGACUGUAUGAGAGCCAGGAAGAGGCUGUGAGUAGAGAGGAAGUGCUUGGCAGACUUGAUCAGAUUGUAAAGAUUUGGGUCAAAACAAUUAGCCGUGCUAAGGGGUUGAAUGAGCAACUCGUGCAAGAAGCGAACGCCAAGAUUUUCACCUUUGGUUCCUAUCGGCUAGGGGUGCAUGGCCCCGGAGCAGAUAUAGACACACUUUGCGUGGGACCUAGACAUGCUUCAAGAGAAGAAGAUUUCUUUGGCGAGCUUCACAGAAUGCUGUCUGAGAUGCCUGAAGUAACAGAGUUGCACCCUGUGCCUGAUGCUCAUGUUCCAGUUAUGAGAUUUAAGUUCAAUGGUGUUUCCAUAGACCUUCUGUAUGCAAAAUUGUCACUCUGGGUUAUUCCUGAAGACCUAGAUAUUUCACAGGACUCAACACUACAGAAUGCAGAUGAGCAGACAGUUCGUAGUCUCAACGGCUGUAGGGUCACUGACCAAAUUUUGCGUUUGGUUCCAAAUAUUCAGAAUUUCCGCACAACUUUGAGGUGCAUGAGGCUCUGGGCUAAACGUCGUGGUGUUUACUCAAAUGUUGCAGGGUUUCUUGGUGGUAUAAAUUGGGCAUUGCUGGUUGCCCGCAUCUGCCAGCUAUAUCCGAAUGCGCUGCCCAAUAUGUUGAUGUCUCGAUUCUUCAGGGUCUAUACUCAAUGGCGUUGGCCAAAUCCAGUAAUGCUAUGUGCUAUUGAAGAAGGAUCUCUUGGACUUCAAGUUUGGGAUCCUAGAAGAAAUCCGAAAGAUAGGUUCCAUUUAAUGCCUAUCAUAACUCCUGCUUACCCGUCCAUGAACUCUAGCUACAAUGUCUCUUCAAGUACUUUGCGUAUUAUGUCAGAGGAGUUUCAAAGGGGGAGUGAGAUUUGUGAGGCUAUGGAGGCAUACAAGGCGGAUUGGGAUACCCUUUUUGAGCCUUAUCCAUUCUUUGAAGCGUAUAAGCAUUAUCUAAAAAUAGACAUUACUGCAGAAAAUGAUGAUGAUCUAAGAAAGUGGAAAGGCUGGGUUGAAUCUCGCCUCCGGCAGCUGACAUUGAAGAUUGAGAGGCAUACUUAUAACAUGCUUCAAUGCCACCCACACCCGGGGGAUUUUUCAGACAGAUCUCGACUUUUCCAUUGCUGUUACUUUAUGGGGUUGCAGCGAAAUCAAGGAGUUCAAGUGAAAGAAGGUGAACAGUUUGAUAUAAGGUUAACCGUUGAGGAAUUUAGAGGCCAUGUCAACAUGUACACAUUGUGGAAGCCUGGGAUGGAGAUCCAUGUAUCCCAUGUAAAACGCAGGAGUAUACCAAACUUUGUAUUUCCUGGAGGGAUUCGACCUUCCCGCCCAUCCAAAGUAACUUGGGUGAGUAGGAGUUCCGAACUGAAAGUUUCUGGUCAUGCUCAAGAUAAUUCUCCUGAAGGCAAAGCAGUUUCAAAUGGAGCAGAUGAUGGAAGGAAGAGAAAGCAGGUGGAUGAUAGUCUGGAGACUAACCUGAGAAAUGCCAAGCGCUUAGCUGCUGCACCUCCAGCCACGGGGGGAGUUCAUGAGGGUAGCCCCCCCUGCUUUACAAGUGGAGCAGAUGAUGGAAGGAAGAGAAAUCAGGUGGAUGAUAGUCUGGAGACUGACCUGAGAAAUGCCAAGCAUUUAGCUGCUGCACCUCCAUCCACGGGGGGAGUUCAUGAGGGUAGCCCCCCCUGCUUUACAAAAGCAGCAGAUGACGGAAGGAAGAGAAAGCAGGUGGAUGACAGUCUGGAGACUAACCUGAGAAAUGCCAAGCGCGUAGCUGCUGUACCUCCAUCCACGGGGGGAGUUCAUGAGGGUAGCCCUCCUCUCAGCUCAUGUUCUAUGAAAUGUGACACUAUGAAUACCCACAGGUCAGAGGAAUCUAGGACAGAAAAUUCUGAGAAUAAUACACCUGACAGCUUAAAAAAUCUAAAAAAUCUAGUGGAGGUUUCUUCUCAGAAUGUUCAAGCUAAUGGAUCAGCAAAUUGCAGUCCACCUAAUGAAACUCCGUUGGCUGCUGCUGAUACAAGAGAAGCAGAGAAUCUGGCAAUUGAGAAGAUUAUGUCCGGUCCAUAUGUUUCCCAUCAAGUUCUUCCAGAAGAACUUGAUGAGCUUGAAGAUGAUUUUGAAUAUAGAAAUCAAGAUAAAGACUUUAGGGGGAACAAGAAAGGUAGCCCCAUGGAGUCUUCAAAAUCAAAUGCAGCAGUGGCAGUGCCAGUUCCAUCUACUAAUGGAUCUGCUUCUUCCAGUGGUUUAUAUUCCAAUGGGAACUUAGAGGAGCUUGAGCCCACUGAACUUGUGGCUCCAUUGUCCAAUGUGACUCCUGCACCUGUGGUACAAAAGCCACUAAUCAGGUUUAGCUUCACUUCCUUGAAAGCUACUGGCAAAAGCUCAUAAAGGGAUUCUGACCGUUGGCUGGAGCUUAAGCUAGUGGAAAUGUUUGAUGUAUAUUAACAAACUUUUUUUUUUUUUUUUUUUUUUGCCCUUUUUUAUUAAUAAUUACACAGUUCAAUCUUGAGUUAGGCAAAGCCACUUUUUACAUGGUAUAUGUACAUGACAAUCUCAACCAUUCCAGAGGGUAAAUGAAUGUGAAAUCCUAUUUGGUUAAGUUUAUAAUCUA